AAAAAACUCAUCUCAUGACGUUUUGCGAAAGAGGACAGAGGGAAGACAGUGAGGAGCUAUGAACGAGUCGCUGGUGGUCAACGACUCCUCUGCAACUCCCGUUGCUGGAGAAACUCUCCCAUGGAUGGAGGCUGAGCCUUCAGACCACAAUGGCAGCCUGGAGUUCUCCACCUCCCCAUUAGAAUUUGCUGUCAACCCAUGGGACAUUAUGCUGUGCAUGUCAGGCACUGUCAUAGCCUGUGAAAAUGCCAUUGUGGUAGCAAUCAUCUUCUACACGCCCACUUUAAGGACUCCCAUGUUUGUGCUGAUAGGGAGCCUGGCCACAGCAGACCUGCUGGCUGGCAUGGGAUUAAUCCUGAACUUUGUGUUUCAGUAUGUCAUCUCCUCUGAGACCAUCAGCCUCAUCACCGUAGGCUUUUUGGUGGCAUCCUUCACUGCGUCCAUCAGUAGUCUUUUAGCCAUCACCGUGGACCGUUACUUCUCCCUCUACAAUGCUCUGACAUACUUCUCAGAGAAGACUGUGCAGUAUGUACACUUAAUGUUAAUGGGGACCUGGGGGGUGUCUCUGUUACUGGGACUGCUGCCAGUGCUCGGAUGGAACUGCCUUGACGAGCCGGCCUCCUGCAGCAUCGUACGUCCUUUGACACGAAGCAACGUCACCCUCUUGGCCAUCUCUUUCUUUGCUAUCUUUGCACUCAUGCUUACUCUGUACUUCAAGAUCUGCAAGAUCGUUUGCCACCAUGCCCACCAGAUUGCCCUUCAGCAGCACUUUUUUGCCACAUCGCAUUACGUUGCCACCAAGAAAGGGGUGUCCACAUUAGCCAUCAUCUUGGGGACUUUUGGUGCCAGCUGGCUUCCCUUUGCCAUCUACUGUCUAGUAGGGCAAAGGGGGUAUCCGGCCGUGUACACCUAUGCUACACUGCUGCCAGCGACGUAUAACUCCAUGAUCAACCCCAUCAUCUACGCCUACAGGAACUCAGAGAUCCAGCGCUCCAUUUACAUUCUUCUCUGUGGCUGCUUUCAACCCAAUGCCGCCUACCGGUCCAGAUCUCCAAGUGAAGUUUAA